AUGAAGUUUCUGACGACUAACUUUCUGAAAUGCUCUGUCAAGGAAUGUGAUAGAAGUAACGAUAACUUUCCCUUAAGAUAUAAUGGCGAGAAAUGCCAGCUCGAACAAGAUGAAAGCAUAGAAUUCAAUCCUGAGUUUUUACUCAGAAUAAUUGAUAGAGUGGAUUGGGAUGCGGUACUCAGUGUUGCUUCAGACCUAGGAAACUCCAGCUUGCCUCCAAAAAAGCCUAUUUUCGAGUCUGAACAGCUUUCGGAUGAGGACAUGGUCAUCCUAAGAGACCUACAUACGCUAUUGAUACAAACCAAUAUUAUCGAGGGUGAGAUGACUUGCAAGAACUGCGGGCAUAUCUAUUAUAUCAAGAACAGCAUUCCGAACUUGCUGUUGCCCCCUCAUUUAGCUUGA